UCCUCCUCUAACCUGUUCCCCUCUGCUAUUGGUCACAUGUAUUUUAACAAGCCCCGCCCCCCAGCAUAGUCCUGCCUUCUCAUUGGCGGCCUCAGACGCCAGUAACAGGUGCCUCGGCCCCGCCCUCCUCUCCUCUCUCAGUGCCCUCAGGUUGUUCUUCAGUCUGAAAACCUGCGAUGAGAGUUUUAAUAAUGGCGAGGCCGUGGCGGGGGGCUGCAGCUCUCUGCUCGAGUCCAGACUCGGGGAACCACCUGUGAACAUCGACUCGGAGCUCGCCAGCGGUUUGAGAAGUGAUUUAACGGGUACAAUGAUCCGGUGACACAGGACAGAGUAAAUCUCCGCUGAGAGCUGCUCUUACAAACUGUGUCAAAGUGCUGGACCGUCGCUGGAAGCUUUGCCAUGUCGUUACUGUGUGUCAGAGUGAAAAAAGCCAAGCUCCAAGGACCUCCAGACAAGUUCAACACCUACGUGACGCUGAAGGUGCAGAAUGUCAAGAGCACAACGAUCACAGUGCGGGGGGACCAGCCCUGUUGGGAACAGGAUUUCAUGUUUGAGAUCAACCGGCUGGACCUGGGCCUCAUUGUUGAGGUGUGGAACAAAGGCCUCAUCUGGGACACCAUGGUGGGGACAGCCUGGAUUCCUCUGAAGAGUAUCCAACAAUCAGAGGAGGAGGGCUCAGGUGAGUGGAUCUUUCUGGAUGCAGAGGUCCUGAUGAAGGCUGAUGAGAUAUAUGGCACCAAGAACCCAACACCUCAUCGAGUCCUGCUGGACACUCGCUUCGAGCUGCCUUUUGAUAUCCCAGAUGAUGAGGCGCAGUACUGGACAGGCAAGCUGGAACGCAUCAAUACCAUGAGAAUCCACGAUGAGUACCCUCUUCAGGAUGACGUUCAGAGUCGCCCACUGCCAUUUGCGGCUUCCCAGUGCUGCAACUAUUUCGGAUGGGCUGACCCACUGACUCUGGAUGACCAGGACAGUGCCGUAGAUGACCGGGAUAGCGACUACCGCAGCGAGACGAGCAACAGCCUGCCUCCACGAUACCACACGACGGCUCAGCCCAACUCCUCCAUGCACCAGUAUCCCAUGGGGCCUCGGCAGCAGCAACACCCAGACUCCUGCGCGGACUCUAUCCACAGUUUCGACCUGGACUACAGGGACCAGAGAGGAACCAGAUCAUUAAACCAUAAAGGAAGGGUCAGAAUUAUACCUGUAGAUUCUGGCAUGGGGGUUGAAGAUUGGGAAAACAAAUACAAAGGGCAGGGCAAGCCUCAGCUGAGUGACUUCUUGGACGAUGAGGAAGACAACGUUAUCCUUCGAAUGGGAAAACCCUACUCAGAGCCAUCGCACACCUCUAUCCGUCAAAAUACUCAACGCAGUGGUUUUCUGCCUGCCACCUACCCUGAGGGCUAUGACACUAUUGAUCGGCGGCGAAAGAAAAAGAUAAGGGACCCAGGAGGGUUGCUCAGUACAGAGGCAGACAAAUUGAGGGAAGAGGCUUUUCCCUCUGACCUUGCACUGCUCCGUGAGAAGAGAGGGGAGCUGUUUAUGCGGCAGGUAGUUGAGAUGCAGGAAGAGGAGGAGCGCAUGACAUCUUGCCUCAGGCCAUACCAGAAUGGCCUUCUCUACAAAACAAGGAUGUGGGCGAAAAAUGAGCUAGACAACACUUUGGAGAAUUAUGUGGCAUACAAAAAAGAGCAGGAUGCCAGAAUGAGGGCACGGUUCGAUUUUGAUUUAGAGAGUUAUGCUGAUCUGCACUACUCCGUAGGAGCAGAGGAGGAUAUUGAUGACCUUGCCUUUAUAGCAGAAGACUUUCACCCAGAGAAUUCGAGGCAUUACAAAGACAAAUAUUCUUACUCCUGUCACAAGGAAAACUCUCAGGGUCCUCGAGAGAAGAAGUGUGGAAAAGCUAAAAUUGGAGGAUGGGCUCCAGAGGCAAUGCUUUCCCCUGUAGAGGAACCAAGUGAUGAAUAUGGACCUCCACCUGUAGCAGUUUAUCCAGUGUUUCGAACCACAGAGGAUCCCCGACUAGAGAAACCAGUGGAGGACCCAUCAUUGAGCAGUAAAAUCAAACUGCCUUUUCUCUCCUCUGAAAAUGCCUCCACUCAGCAAUGCCCCAAAGCAGAGGGAGGCAUGCUCUCUGGUUUCUUGAAUCCAGUGGAAAGUAGUCGCUUUGGGUCGUCAGGAAACCUGAGCCAGACCAGCUCCCAGCUUAGUGAGACUGGCCAGGAGAGCACUGGAGGGUCAGAGCUGGAGGAGUCCUUCCACUCCUACCACAGUACUAGCUUUCACCCCUCCACCAAUGGACAGGCACGCACCAACGGACAACAUUCCACCAUUGGACAUCAUCCCACCAAUGGACACUCUACUGACGCUGAGAAGGAGAGACAUAGUUUGUCCCCUGACAUAGGACGGGGCCUGAAAAGUGACAUUCCAGCAGAGAGAGGGUCCUCUAAACUCCUAAGGUUCCAUGAUGAUGGGCCCCCAUUACCCUUUACCCCAUCCAGAGUUCGUUGGUUGAAGGCCAUCAAUAAAGUCAGGGUUCAGCUCCGGGAGUUUCCUCGAAAGUGUCUGACACAGCGGCACACAGGGGCAAAUGUAGAGCAGGAACUGGAGCUGGCUGCCAGAGGACACCUUAGUGGACAGGAUGGACCCUACGAAUCAGAGCAACUUCCACUCUCGCCCAAGAGGCGAGGCCUGCAGGAGAGGAGAUCAGAGAGCCCCAAAGUGGGGCGGAGCCUGCGCAGAAAGCUGCAGAAGUGCCUUCAGGGGCCAGAGGAUGACUCCCUCCAUGACCUGUCAUCAGUGGACACUACCUGCACCAAAGCUGACCUCACCCCGCCUGGGGAAAACAGCAGUUCUGAUUGCCAGGAUGGCGUUGGAGUUGUCGAAGAUACUGAUGCCAGGCUUACUGAAAGGAUCAACAGUGAAGAAGAGAAAAACAAGACGGAGGAUGAGGAGGCGGAGCAAGGCUCUAGUAACAUAGUAGAACAUAUCCUGAAAGAGCUGAAAGGCAUCAACAAGAUCCAGGAGGAAAUUUCUGACCUGAGGCAGUAUCUAACAUCUGUGCGAGGCUCGGUGGAUGAAGUAUCCUAUUGUGUUGACGCAGUUCUCAGUGAAAUAGGAGAGCUGUACUCUGGAGCUUCAGCUGCACCUCAUCCUAGUCCUGAUUCUCAAAAAUCCCGCAUCAGACGAGGAAGCCUGGGUAGACAGAACGCCAUCAUAUCUCAAGGAAGUCCACUGUUUGAUCGCAAAGAUGGUGUAAAUGAUGCAGGAUGUAUCCCAUCUCAGAUGUCACCCAAACAAUGGCUUGUCGAUAGAGUCACUCUGCCAUCAGACCAGCAAACAGAAGAAGAGAACUCAAAGCAGAGUUCAAAUAUGCACAUGCUAGGCCCUGCAAAACCUGACCCCUGCUAUCUGGAGCUUCAUCAUGGCCGAGACUACCAAAGCACCAGCUCUCUGUCAUCGUGUCACAGUUCCAACUAUCCGGAAGCAAGCCUCUUUUCUGGUGACACAGAAUAUGACAGGUGGCCUUCUGUUGAAAUGCAGCACAGUAUAAGUGGAGGAGGUUGGAGUGAGGACGACAUCUGCUCCUGUACAAACAGUGGAGAAGAGCUUGAGAAUUGUCUAGGUGUUUGGGACAGGUGCACCACAGAGGAAACGCAAAGCAGCACACCGGGUCAUUCUUCAAACAACAGUUCUGAGCAUCUCUCAUUGCUGUUUGGACACCAUUACAACUCUCCUUCAAGUUCUUCCAGCGUGGUUGACUGGAGGCCUGCCAGGCUACAAACUGAGGAAGAAAACUUGGAGUGUGACUGUUCUGCAAACUGCCCAUACUCACGUAGUUCCGGUUACCACACCAUGGAUGCUUGUGCAAAUGAACAGGGUAGUGAGCCCUCCAGGAGUCUUAGUUGCUCCACUGUGUUGUUGACGGACUGUGAUGAUGGUUAUCUGGAGCCACAUUCACUGUGCGACGACUGUCCAUCUUCUGGUGACACUCUUGAUCUGGGGUCUGCCGACAGUUUGGACAGAGAGUGGACAGAUCACAGUAUUUCCAGGGAUGAAGCAGAAGAAUCUUUGUCACAAGAGUCUUCUGAAAUAGAUCCUGGGAGCGCAGCCAAGACUCCCAAUGCAGGUUUUGAUUUAACAACCUUUAGCAAGGCUGUACUCACUUUCAGGUCGGCUUUGACGGGGGCUUUAAAAAAGUUGGAUGGAUCCAAUUCUGAAUGUGUCAAUAAUGAUAGUGGGCCUGAGGCAUCUCCAUCCCCUGUCAGACCAGCCAGUGAAGCCAAGGAAGAGCAGAGCAGCACAGAGCAUACAGAGGGAGACUUUAGUCUGACUGAAAAUCACACUCAAUUUGGCACCCCAAAGGAGGAGAGUGAGGCUUCGGUUUACGUAGACUGUGGUGAGACACAUGAGAACAUCCCAUGCUCCCUUCAAGCAUCCCCCCAUGAUGCAAGCCACUCUCCUUGCACGCCAACUGAAUAUCACUCCAUAGAGACUUCACUUCAGGGAAAAGGAGAAUGUCCAACAGACGGGGAACUGUCCAACCUCGAGUUAACACCAGACCAUUGUCCAGCAAGGCAGGGCGAGAGUCCACUGUGUCCAGUAUUCAGUACAGAUGAGAUGCGGUUAAGUCCAAUUAGGGAAGGCCACAUUCUCGAUGAGGCAGAUCAAGUAAAGCCUACCGAUGCCAGUCACAAAGAGCGUAUAGCUAAUUUCCAGCGGAUUCUGAAGGAAAAGAGGCAAAGCCGGCAAAGACUGUCCAAAUCUGCCCAGGGUUCCCAGGGGUCCCAUGGGUCCUACAGUUCUCAAGGAUCUCAGGGAUCCCAAUCUCAAGACGAGUUUAUACCAGAGUGUGGGAGAGAAGAUAAUCAGGUUCGAGAUGAAGAGCCCAGUGCACGACAAGCCUGGGUCAAACCAGGUGGUGGAUCUGGUCUGUAUGGAAUUGACAGCAUGCCAGACCUGCGUAAAAAGAAACCCAUCCCUUUGGUCAGCGAUGUGUCUCUCGUCCAAGCCAGGAAGGCGGGGAUCGCAUCUGCCAUGGCUGCUCGGUCCUCAAUCAAGGAUGAGGAGCUGAAAAACCAUGUGUACAAGAAGACCCUGCAGGCUCUCAUCUACCCCAUAUCCUGCACUACACCACAUAACUUCGAGGUGUGGACUGCCACUACGCCAACAUACUGCUAUGAGUGCGAGGGGCUACUGUGGGGAAUAGCCCGCCAAGGCAUGCGUUGCUCUGAGUGUGGAGUCAAGUGCCAUGAGAAGUGCCAAGAGCUGCUGAAUGCUGACUGUCUACAACGUGCUGCGGAGAAGAGCUCUAAGCAUGGAGCUGAAGACCGGACUCAGAAUAUCAUCAUGGCCAUGAAGGACAGGAUGAAGAUCAGGGAAAGGAACAAACCAGAAAUCUUUGAACUCAUCAGGGAGGUGUUUAUCAUCAGUAAGGCCAUCCAUGCACAGCAGAUGAAGACCAUCAAGCAGAGCGUUCUGGACGGCACCUCAAAGUGGUCAGCCAAGAUCACCAUCACAGUUGUUUGUGCCCAAGGACUUCAGGCAAAGGACAAGACAGGAUCCAGUGAUCCAUAUGUCACUGUUCAGGUGGGCAAGACCAAGAAGAGAACCAAAACCAUCUAUGGCAACCUCAAUCCUGUCUGGGAGGAGAAGUUCCACUUUGAAUGCCACAAUUCCUCAGACCGAAUUAAAGUGCGUGUGUGGGACGAGGACGAUGACAUCAAGUCGAGGGUGAAGCAGCGUCUGAAGAGGGAAUCGGAUGAUUUCCUGGGCCAGAGUAUAAUUGAAGUUCGAACGCUGAGUGGAGAAAUGGACGUCUGGUACAACCUGGAGAAGAGGACGGACAAGUCAGCCGUGUCAGGUGCCAUUCGCCUUCAAAUCAACGUGGAGAUCAAAGGAGAGGAGAAAGUGGCGCCGUAUCACGUGCAGUACACCUGUUUGCAUGAGAACCUGUUCCACCACUCCACUGAUAUGCUCGGCCAGGGUGUGGUGAAAAUCCCAGAGGCUCGUGGAGACGAUGCCUGGAAAGUCUACUAUGAUGAUGUGGCACAAGAAAUAGUGGACGAGUUCGCCAUGCGCUAUGGGAUCGAGUCAAUCUACCAGGCCAUGACGCACUUUGCCUGUCUAUCGUCUAAGUACAUGUGUCCCGGGGUCCCCGCAGUGAUGAGUACCCUGCUGGCCAAUAUCAAUGCCUUCUACGCCCACACAACCGCCUCCACCAAUGUGUCCGCCUCCGACCGCUUUGCUGCUUCCAAUUUUGGGAAAGAACGCUUUGUCAAGCUUUUAGACCAGCUACACAACUCACUGCGAAUCGACCUCUCCACCUACAGGAAUCACUUUCCUGCCAGCAGCAAGGAGCGCCUGCAGGAUUUGAAAUCCACUGUGGAUCUUCUAACCAGCAUCACCUUCUUCAGGAUGAAGGUCCAGGAGUUACAGUCUCCGCCCAGAGCCAGCCAGGUGGUGAGGGACUGUGUCAAGGCCUGCCUGAACUCCACAUACGACUACAUCUUCAACAACUGCCACGAGCUGUACAGCAGACAGUAUCAUCCUAAUGACACAAACAAGGAGGAGCUCCCUUUAGAGGAGCAGGGUCCGAGCAUCAGGAACUUGGACUUCUGGCCCAAACUCAUCAUGCUCAUCGUCUCCAUCAUUGAAGAGGACAGGAACUCCUACACACCUGUGCUCAACCAAUUUCCUCAAGAACUGAACGUAGGGAAGGUGUCAGCAGAGGUCAUGUGGACACUGUUCGCCCAAGACAUGAAGUACGCUAUGGAAGAGCACGAGAAGCACAGACUGUGUAAGAGCACCGACUACAUGAACCUGCACUUCAAGGUCAAGUGGCUCAACAACGAAUAUGUCAAGGAGCUGCCAAACUUUAAGGGCGUCGUUCCUGACUACCCAUCAUGGUUCUUACAAUUUGUGCUACAGUGGUUGGAUGAAAACGAGGAUGUAUCCAUGGAGUUUAUGCAUGGAGCCCUGGAGAGGGACAAAAAAGACGGAUUCCAGCAGACGUCUGAGCAUGCUCUGUUCUCCUGCUCUGUGGUGGACAUCUUCACUCAGCUCAACCAGAGCUUUGAGAUCAUCAAGAAACUGGAAUGUCCUGACCCUAACGUCAUGGCUCAGUACAGUCGCCGCUUCUCCAAGACCAUUGCCAAAGUUCUUCUGCAGUACAGUGCCAUUCUGACCAAGAGUUUUCCCUCUUAUAUUGACAAGGAGAAGAUUCCGUGUGUCCUGAUGAACAAUGUGCAGCAGUUAAGAAUCCAGCUGGAGAAGAUGUUUGAGUCGAUGGGUGCCAAACAGAUGGACACUGAGGCCAGUGACCUACUGAACGACCUGCAGGUGAAGCUAAACAAUGUGUUGGAUGAUCUCAGCCGUACAUUUGGGAACAGUUUCCAGAUCCGCAUCAACGAUUGCAUGCGCCAGAUGGCAUCUUUGCUGUACCAGAUCAAAGGACAGCUCAACGCCAACAACAAAAACCAGGUGGAGGCCGACUCUGACAACAUGCUACGGCCACUCAUGGAUUUCCUGGAUGGAAAGUUAACAUUGUUCGCCACCGUAUGUGAGAAAACAGUAUUGAAGCGUGUGCUCAAGGAGCUGUGGAGGAUCGUAAUGAGCAGCCUGGAGAAGACUAUUGUCCUGCCGCAGGGCAACGACACCUUUGGUGCACAGAUUCUCUCAGCUGCGAAAGAACUGGGUCAGCUCUCCAAACUCAAGGAUCACAUGGCAGGGGAGGCUAAAAGCCUGUCUCCCAGACAGUGUGCUGUCAUGGACGUGGCACUGGACACGAUCAAGCAAUACUUCCAUGCAGGAGGCAACGGGUUGAAGAAGGCGUUCCUGGAGAAGAGUCCUGAGCUGUCCUCACUACGCCACGCUCUGUCCCUCUACACUCAGACAACAGACACACUCAUCAAGACCUUUGUGACCACCCAGCAUGCACAAGGUCCAGGCGUGGAGAAGCCAAUAGGUGAGGUGUCUGUCCAGACUGAGCUGCACACUCAUCCAGGGAACGGGGAGCGGAAAGUUACUGUCAAAGUCAUAGGAGCCAAUGAUUUAAAAUGGCAGACGUCCGGCAUGUUCCGACCCUUCGUGGAGAUCACCAUGAUCGGGCCUCACCUCAGCGACAAGAAACGCAAAUUCCAGACCAAAUCCAAGAACAACAGCUGGUCUCCCAAGUUUAGCGAGACCUUUAAUUUUGUUCUUGGUAACCAGGAUGGCUUUGAGUGCUAUGAGCUGCAAGUCUGCGUCAAGGACUACUGCUUCGGCCGUGCAGACAGAGUGGUCGGCUUGGCCGUGAUACAGUUAAGAGACAUCAUGGGAAAGGGCAACUGUGCGUGCUGGUACCAGCUCGGGGAACGCAUCCAUAUGGACGACACAGGACUCACCGCCAUGCGAAUCCUCUCCCAGCGCUCCAAUGACGACGUGGCCAAGGAGUUUGUGAGGCUGAAAUCAGAGACUCGUUCAGCCGAGGAGGGCAGAUGAGGAGAGGUGGGAGAGAGACAGAAAAGAUGGAAGGUCUCUUGAACGUCUUUGUGAAAAAGCAGGGAAUAAUUUUUCAUAGAUGGCCAUGUGGACUCUUACUUAGACCUUCGACGUGUCUUAGCUGCUGUUGACUGUUUGGUGGCGCCUUGCCAAGCUCACCGACACACUGUCACGUUCACACUUGGGGUAUUUUGGACUCACUGUUCCCCUUCCUCAAACACUCACAUUAUUUACCAAGCUACUGUACAGUAUAAACACUGGCUCACUCAACCUUCACACUCACCAGCUGUUGCACCAGGCAGUGACCACUUACUCUGUCAUUUAACCUCUGUUUACCCCACUCUCCUCAUCAGCUAGAGUGGCACACUGUGCACGCCACAGCCUCGAAGGAACAGAGGACACCAGGCUCCGCUGGAGGGGCCAACGAGUUCCCCAAACCUCCCCAGUGUUGUUGUGCAAUAACCCCACCUGAACCCUUCAAACCGUGGCCAUGUGUUUGAUGCCUUACACUCUGAAAGCUGUGAAUGUGUGAAGUACAAAAGUCUUUCUGAAUGCCUGAGUCUGUAGCUCCACUCUCACGGUUUGAGUAAAUGUGAAAACACUAUGGUUUAUCUCAUGAAGGGGAUGAAUCGGACAGCUGGUAGCUCAGAGACAGUCCCAGUUUUUAGGGCCUGGUUUGUAUAUUGCGUGGUUUCACAAGUUAAUCCUGUACGACUCUUGUUUUAAGAGAAGAUACCGAAACUAAUAACCCUUAAUUGUACCCCUUAAUGUAAAGGAUUAAUCAGUUAAAUGUGUGCCUUGCCAUUUUCAGUUUUCAUUCUCCAGGAAAGACAACAGUGAUAUGAUCAGUACAUAAUUUAAAUGAUAAAAUCAACAACAGUAUGAUUGACAAACAGGACCAAGAGUGUAGACACUGUAUGUUAAAGUUGAAUGCUGUUUUGGCCAUAUUAAUUUAUUAAGUAUAAACUCUAUUACCAACUCUAGUGUAACCAUGACGGUGCAGCCAUUUUAUUUAUUUUUUAUACAUAUUUAUUUUUGUCUGUGCUUUUCAAAGCCCGUGAUUUAAAAUGUUGUUUACCGCUGGGGACGGACGUGUUUGCCAGGAAAGUGUGUCUGAGAAUUUGCACAGUCUGAAUGAGGAGACGAGAUACAUGCCCUCAGAAUAAAGUUAGUGUUUGUUAAGAAAUUAAAAGCAAACUUGGCGACCUGUGUCCUUGACUUACAACAGUGAUGACUGUCUUUUAGAAAUGUUCAUUUAUAAUUAAGUAAUUUUACAUGUUGAACUUUCAGGUUACAACUUUUCUUCCAAAAAAAAAAAAAAAAAAAAGGAUAUCUGAACAUUUGAACACAGGCUCAUCAGCUGCUGAGUUGUUAGGAAGUGUAGAAUUACUUGCGGUUUACAUAUAUCUUCCUGCUCUGUCUAUGAGUGGCCUUACUUUGGUGAAAAAAAUAAAUUACGUGUAUCUUUUUAAUCUUUUUUUUUUUUUAAAUCCUUGUACUCCCUUUGGCUCUCAGCGAUGAGGAUCGGCCACUUCUUUGCCUGUAAUGAUGUCAAAUAAGUUUUCCAAGUGAUGUUCCUUAUCAUUUUGUACUGUUUAUCUUUGAUUAUAUUGUGAAUAUCAAGGCUGGGUCUGUUUUUUGUGUUAUGUUCCCCUGACAUUUUGUAAAUGUUUCCCUUAAAAGCUCUUUUAUUAGUUUGGUAUGAUGUCAAUUAAAUGAUGUUUUAUGGACAGGAGGAGUAAUAUAUGAGACGUGUGCCAGUGACUUUGUUUAUAACUGAUGGAAGAAUAUUAAAAUGUAACUUUUAAUGAAGGAUAUUACUUUAAUAUGAGAACCUCAAUGUGUGCACAUUUUUAAACCGAUGACACUCUGUAGAAACCACUAAACCAGAUUCCUCUUUGUUACAGUAAAUGAUCCCCUGUGAAUACAAAUGUUUCAUAGCCAUUCUUUAAUAUUCAUGUUCCUCGUGCCAAGUUACAAGUGUUCACUUUUUUUUUUUUUUCUAUAUUUUCUAAAUUUGUUAACCCUUGCACUUUCACUAAAUCACUGCAAUAGUUAACAAGUACAGUGUAACAGUCACGGUAAAUGCAUUUUCGUGGUGUUUUCUUUGUAUUGUCACUACUCUGAAAUGUUGUUGUCACCAUGUAAACAUUCCCAUUCAUUAAUUUUGUAUAAAGUAUUUGAGAAGUA